AUGGGGUCCAACGUGCAAAUCACGUUCGUUGGAAAUAAGUUUACUACCGCCAUCAAACCUCUAAAAGCAAAAGAGGAACAAGUGUCUAAUGAGGUGAAAUCUCAUGCCCUGAUGUUUCUUAGGUGCCAUAUGGACAAGGUGCUCAAUAAACAGUGCCUAAAGUAUACAGAUCCGAGUGUUCUUUGGAAAGCUCUCAAGGAACGGUUUGAUAAUGUGCAUAAUGCACGGUUGCUAACUCUUUUUGCAGAAUAUAGAUCUGUUCGUCUACUGGAUGUUGCCAAGGUUCAUGAUUUCCAUCAAGAAAUGUUAAAUCUCCAGGCAGACUUAAAUGUGUGCGGCAAGGAGAAAACUGAUGAAGACAUGAUCGAGAAGACCCUAAAGACUUUCCCAGCAUCUACGAGUGAAAUAGCUCACCAAAAUCGCCUUGAUUAUGAGGCCAAAAGAAUCAAGAGUUUUGCAAAUCUGAUGAACCUUCUCAAGAAAAAGUAA